GGGAUGGGGGGUGGGGUGUUCUCCAGCCAGCCAAUCAUGAGUCUCUGUACCGACCAAUCAGAUGAUAGGCAGGCUUCUCUUCCUGUUUGGCCGAAGAAUUCAUUAUCGGAUACCUUCCCACGACAUAACUUUAGGGGAUAAAGACCCGUUUUCACACUGACACAGUCAAUUGCACGGAAGGAGAUCAUGGGAGGGAUCAAACAAGAGCAGAAUGAUGCAUCUCAGCAGCCCAGAGCCUCUCAUUCAGCAGAUCAGCCACAAGAGGAGCCUAGGAAGAGAGGUUGGCCAAAGGGAAAGAAAAGAAAGAAGGUGCUACCAAAUGGUCCCAAGGCACCAGUGACAGGCUAUGUCCGCUUUCUAAAUGAACGGCGGGAGCACAUGCGUGCCCGAUACCCUGACUUACCCUUCCCAGAAAUCACCAAGAGACUCGGAGCAGAGUGGACACGAUUAGCCCCAAAUGACAAACAGCGCUAUCUGGAUGAGGCAGAGCGGGAGAAAAUUCAGUAUGCCCAGGAACUGAAGGAAUAUCAGCAGACUGAGGCCUAUCAGAUCACCAGCGCUAAGAUACAAGACAAAAGGAUCAAGAAAGAAGAUACUCCAUCCGUCAUCAUCAGUGCUAGUUCAGGGUCAUCUUUACCAAAGGCUUCUGAUCUCUCAAGCAGAUUUGACAUCCCUAUCUUCACAGAGGAGUUCCUAGACCAGAACAAAGCUCGAGAGGCUGAGUUGCGACGUCUUCGCAAGGCCAACAUAGAGUUUGAGGAGCAGAAUGCGGUGUUGCAGCGGCACAUUAAGGACAUGUACAACGCUAAAGAACGACUGGAGGCUGAACUGGGGCAGGACGAGAAGCGCACCCAGGCUCUUCAGCAACACUUGCUGGCUAUUAAACACACUCUGGUCAACAGUCUCUCAUCAGUGCCCCUGCCAGGCACUGGUGAGACAGCCUCUCUUGGGAACCUGGACUCAUACCUGAGUCGUCUCAGUGGAGUUCUGGAGGGAAACCCUCACAAGCACCGUGCCCUGCUCACCCAGCUUUGCGAGGUCCUCUCUCAUUUUGACAGUGAGAAGUUAUGAGGAGACUCCAUCCAGAGACCCUUUCAUUCCUGCAUCAGAGGGACACACGACAGGCUCAGUGGUAUUAGGUCAAGUCAUAUGGAUAUUGCAAGGAUAGUUAAAGCAAGGGUACAAAUACUUCAAAACACCACACACAGACAGACCAUAUCUACAUGCCUCUUCUUAAUGAAUAUGUGUAUUCUGUAGAAUAUGUGUAUUCAUGCACAUGAUUUUUGUGUGUUUUUGUGAAUGUAAAUCUGUGUGGCAGUGUUGAGGGUUUUUACAGUUCAGGAAUUUCAUUAAGCGUAAUGUAAUUUUACCUUCUCAGCUGCCAUAAGUACAUUUGGAUUGACCCUAACUCUAUUGUGUAACUGUGUAUUAGCAGUUACAGACAGGCCCAUGACCUGUCCAAUGAGAUAAGCCUUAUCAGUUUACAUUAAAUGCCAUUUGGCAUGUGGUUUGUGGGUAAUGUGUACGUAGUGUUAUUUAGACUGCAUGAAAAAAAAAACUGGAAGGGAUGAAAAUUAAAUGUUAGGGUAUACAUGUUUGAAUUUACAUUGAUAAUGAUAGGUUGUGGGAUGAAUAAGCAGUUUCACAUGUUGUCAGAAUAUUAUAUAUUUGUGCAGUAUAUUUGUAUUUUUUGAAAGGUCCAUUAAACCAUACUGAAAAUGUUUCCAGCAAAAGGUAAA